AUGAGGGUGGGAGCCGCGGCCUUGGCUGGGGGGAUUUUUGGGGCAGUGGGGACCCUGUGUUUCCUCCUGGCCUUUGGUACAGACUACUGGCUGGUGGCCAGUGACAACUGUGGACCACAUACAUGGCCGACACAAACAACCCAGACAGGGGGGAAAGAUGUCAAUGGGACUGAGGUCCAGUCAGACGUGGAACCAGUCACUGUUCCUCAGAAGUUGCUCACCCUCCACCAUGAGGGCUUCUUCUGGCGCUGUGUGUUUCAGGUGGAGCCUGCAGCAGAUGCAGUCGUGGCCACUCUCUUCACAAACCAGCCAGAGUCCAAGUUGUGUAGCCAUGGUUACCUGUUCCCUCUACCUGUCGCACUUGGACAGGUGCCUCAUCCCAGUUAUGACGCCACAGCAGUGUUUCGGGGUUUCUGGACCGUGCUGAUAAUCCUCGGGCUGGUCUCAGCUCUGGCUGGAGGCUUCCUCCUGGUCUGUGGUGUCCCCUUCAUCAGCCCCCGACUCUACAAGCUGGGUGGAGCCUUCCUCAUCGCUGCUGCCUGCUUGUUCCUGUUCAUGCUGCUGCUCUACGUCCUGUGGAUGGAGGCGGUGGACGUGAAAAGCUACGUCCUGCAGGAAAGGGGAGAGGCCUGUCCAGACGCCAAGGUUUCUGUGCUCUACGGCCUGUCGUUCAUGGUGGCAGUUGCUGGCGUGCCUCUGGAGCUCGUCUCUGGGUUGGUUUUCAUGCUGGUGGGCCGGGCGCUGCGUGCCAGCAAGUGA